AUGGCUAAGUACGUUGAUCAUGAACUUUACAAGAACUUCAAAGACAUGUAUGAAGGAUUAAUGAAGGGCGACAUGAAGAAAGUGCUCAAACAAUAUGAUAAGCUGGUUCCUUUACCGGAUUACUUAACUGUAUUUGGUGACACACUUCUUCACAUCGCCAUUUUCAUGGACCGUGAAGACAUUGCAAGAGAAAUCCUCAAAAGGUAUGUCGACAAUCAACUCUAUGAUCUAAUUCACCAGAAGAACAACCUAGGAAACACAGUUCUUCACGAGGUGGCUACCACGAAUAUGGUGACCCUCGCCAGGGACUUGUUAGAUUAUGCUCCGAAGCUGCUGUCUUCCAGAAACAACCUUGGUGAAAUGCCUCUCUUUAAAGCCGCAUACAAUGGCCAACAUGAUAUGUUCGAUGUCCUGUCUCUUGCGGUGAAUCUCACGGACAAAGACAAUCUCGAUCAACACCUCAAUAGCAAAGAGGGAACUAAUGUUCUUCAUUUGACAAUUCUUGCUGAGUUUUUUGGUUUUCCGACGUUUGAGAACAUUAAGGAAAAAGACGGUUACAAGAAGGAAGAUCAAAAAGAUUCUUAUCAACUUGACUCGAUUGAAGAUGAGGAGCUGUAUAAUCCUAAAACCAAAGGUUACAAGAAGUGGCCUCCAACAUAUAACGUUUUUAUGCGCAUUGCCUCAGGAUGGCCAAUGAUGAAAACGAUCUAUAAAGAAUAUAGAAAGCAUGAAUCUGCUUUCAGACUGGCCAAGUUGCUAAUAAAACAAGACACUACAUGGCAGGAAAUUGAAUCAAAAAAAGAAGAGGGAAAGUCUUCCCUACUGCCUACUCCUCCUACCUCACUGCUUACGGCAACAACAAAUGGGAUAGUAGAGAUUGUCAAAGAAAUACUAAAAGUGUAUCCUCAGGCAGUAGAGCAUGUAAGCGAGGCGGGCCAAAACAUAUUGCACAUAGCCAUAAAAUACCGACAAUUGGAGGUCUUUAAUCACGUAAUGGAGAUGGAAGUGGCAAUGUAUAGGUUGGUUAAACAGAUCGACAAAAAUGGCUACACAAUCUUGCACCAAGUAGGAAACAUAGGCAAUUACCCUGGAGGUACCCUCCCUGGUCCCGCACUUCAGUUGCAAGAUGAGUUGCACUGGUUAGAGCGUGUGCGAAACAUUGUACCACCCCAAUAUGUGACGCUCCGCAGCAAGAAAAAAUCUCCCAAAGAAGAAGAAGAAGAAUACGAGACUGCUGAUGAGUUAUUUCUAAGAACUCAUACAGAACUACUCAAGGACGCACAGAGCUGGAUAAAGCAGACGUCCGAGUCUUGCUCCACCGUAGCUGUUUUUAUCGCUUCCGUUGCCUUUGUGGCUGCUUAUACCAUUCCCGGAGGUAGCGACAAGAAGACAGGGGUACCAAUCCUCCUGCACAACUCUUUCUUCAUGGUGUUUGUAGUCAUGGAUGUACUCUCCCUCAUCAGCUCCUUGAUUUCGGUUGUUCUGUUCCUUUCUAUUCUCACUUCCCCAUUUGAGCUCCAAGAUUUUCGAAACUCCCUCCCUCGAAAGCUCACGUUCGGCUUCACAUUCCUCUUCAUCUCGGUGGCGGUGACCAUGCUAGCAUUUGCAGCCACAAUCAUACUCGUCAUUCAUUUGAAGAAGCACUGGAUUACAAUUCUCGUUUACUCUCUUGCAUUCCUUCCAGUCACUCUCUUUGCUCUCUUGCAGUACCCUUUGUACCAUGCUUUCAUGGAGACCAUGAACUACACUUGGAUAACCAUCAAGAAAUCGUUACCUUCUCUUCCUUGUUCUACUCCUGUUUCCUCCGUUUACAAGAAAAAUUGAUUGCGAUUUUGU